AAUUUGGGAAAAGAUUUGUCUUCAAGUGAUAAGAGAGACACACGAAGAGAGUUGUUUGAAGAGAAGACACGCAUAGAAGAGGAGUCUCUGGAGAGCUCGAAAGAGACGUUGGGUUUGAUUCUUGAAAGCGAAAGAAUUGGUGUUAAAACCGGACGAGAGUUAGUCCGACAGAGAGAGACAUUGAAUAGAGUGGAAGACAAGUUGGAGUCAAUUGACGGCAGUUUACAUGAGACACAAAAACAUAUCAAAUCCAUGAAAAGUAUUUUUAGUGGUUUUGGGGGAAUGUUUUCGAAGAAAAGGAAUACCAAUAAUAACUCAAAUAAAAGUUCAAAUAAAAAUGAGUUCCUCGAAGAGAUCAAUAACUUUGAAAUCAAAGCAACGAAUUCUUUGACAAAUAUUAAUAGUAAAAGUGAAUCAAAUAAAGUUAUGGAAAUGAAUUGA